CGACUCCAUCCAUACCGCGAAUGCGAACCCUUCAUAAUGGGGUACCAAUAUGCCCGGCUCAAGAGCACAGGCAGGCCCCGCAAAUGCUCCGUCGGGCAGGAAGCGAGCCAACACUGAGCCAGUGUCCGAGGAUCCUGCCAUAUCCAACGACAGCGCGUCGACAGACCCGCCGCAGCCGAGCACAAGGAAACGCCGCAAAUCUCUGAAACUUCUGGCAGAAACGUCAGAGACGGACGGAACCAAUGGCGAUUCCACGGCGAAGAUAUCUAAAGGCAAACAAAAACCGGCUCAACUGAAGCGCACCCCGUCCGCACCAUGGCCGGAGGCGCUCAAAAAACUGUCCCGGACCCACAGAGCCUUGAACCUCGUGUACACGUUCUGUUGCACGCGCAAGCACUUCGCAACUACGUUUGAUAACAUCAAAAAUGCCGUACAGGCCCAGAUGCAGGGCCAGGAGUUGACCGUCGAGGAUGUCGCGCGGGUCAAGGUGCUCGUGCCGCGGGCCGUGCGCUUUGAAUACGUGGAUGAGGCAAAGUUGGAGGUCAUGACUGUGGGGGAGAAGGAGGCAAAGCAGCUGGGCUACGGGAGGGAUAUGCUGGGUGAUGGGAGAGACUCAGAAACGAAGACUCUUCUAUUUGAGCUAAUAGAUGGGGAUUUGAAGAGGGAGGUGAAGCACCCACAGACCGGGGAACCCACAAAGCCCGUGCGAAAGAUGAAGAAUGAGGAUUUGAAGAUGCCGGUGUACAGUCAGAAGCAGAUGCUAGGACUCAUUGGGAAGCGGAACAAGAAGUUCACUGAUGCGAUUGAUACCUUCCUGGUACAGUGUGAAGAUGAAGGGGUGGAUCCAGUUGAGAAACUGGAGAAGGCCAAGGAAGCGUGGAUUCCUGUGCCUCCAGAUAUGGACACGGGUGUCGCUGUGUCUUCUGCUCCGCCGCAGCAAAUCCCCAAAGAGCGCAAGUCAAUGUCAGAGAUCGUGGAUGAUAUUCGCGAGAUGGAUUGGUAUACGGCGCAGAUUGUUCCAGAGGGACAUAGGGUCUUUGAAGCGCAGCCUGCCGUUUAUGGGGAGCUCGCGUUCCAGCUUUCACAGAAUCUAGUCAACGCCUUGUAUAACACCAAGGGCAUCACGCAGUUCUAUGCACACCAGGCAGAAGCGAUCAACCGUCUAUAUGAAGGACAUAACGUCAUCGUUUCUACCUCGACUAGCUCCGGAAAGUCGCUCAUCUACCAGGUGCCCAUGCUGCACGAACUCGAAAAAGACACGGCCAGCCGCGGCCUGUACAUCUUUCCUACCAAGGCCCUGGCACAGGAUCAGCGCCGCAGCAUGCAGGAGCUGCUUCAGUUCCUUGACGGCUUGCAGGGCACAAUGGUCGAGACCUUUGACGGAGACACCCCGAUGCCAAACCGGAAUGUCAUCCGCGACGAAGCCCGCAUCAUCUUCACCAACCCGGACAUGCUGCACAUCACUAUCCUUCCGCAGGAGGGCUCCUGGCGCACGUUUCUCCAAAAUCUCAAGUUUGUCGUGGUCGACGAGCUACACGUCUACAACGGCCUCUUCGGAACCCACGUCGCGCUCAUCAUGCGACGCCUGCGCCGGAUUUGCGCAGCCGUAGGGAACCAGCACGUUCAGUUCAUCUCCUGCUCGGCCACCGUGGCCAACCCCGAGCAGCACAUGCAGGCGGUGUUCGGCGUCGAGGACGUCAAACUGAUCGACUUCGACGGGUCCCCAUCAGGUCGGAAGGAAUUCAUCUGCUGGAACACGCCCUUCAAAGACCCCAACGACCCGACAUCCGGGCGCGCAGACAGCGUCGCUGAAACAGCCCGACUCUUCUGCCAACUCAUCCUCCGUGGUGCGCGCGUCAUCGCCUUCUGCCGCAUCCGCAAAAUGUGCGAAGUGCUCCUGCAGGCCGUCCGGACCGAAUUCCAAACCCUCGACCGACUCGAGAUUGGCAAGCUCGUCAUGGGUUACCGCGGCGGAUACAGUCCCCAAGACCGCCGGACCAUCGAGAAAGACAUGUUCGAAGGUCGGCUGAUGGGCAUCGUGGCCACCAACGCUCUCGAACUCGGCGUCGACAUCGGCUCCCUCGACGCCGUCAUCACCCUCGGUUUCCCAUACUCAAUCUCCAACCUGCGCCAGCAGAGUGGCCGCGCCGGGCGUCGAAACAAAGACUCGCUCUCCAUCCUCGUGGGCGACCGCUAUCCAACCGACCAGCACUACAUGCGCAACCCAGAGGAACUCUUCAGCAAACCCAACGGCGAGCUGCAGAUCGACCUCACCAACGACCUCAUCCUCGAAGGUCACCUCCAAUGCGCCGCCUUCGAAAUGCCUCUCAACCCCUCCACCGACACUCUCUACUUUGGCCCUCUCCUCCCCUCUCUCAUCUCCAGCCGCCUCACCCGCGACCCGCUGGGCUUCUACCACUGCCACUCGCGCUUCCUCCCUCAUCCCUCCCGCAGCGUCUGCAUCCGCGACACCGAAGACCAGCACUUCGCCGUCAUCGAUACGACCAACGCCCGCAAUGUUGUCCUCGAAGAAGUCGAAGCCUCCCGCGCCUUCUUCACCAUCUACGAAGGCGGCAUCUUCCUACACCAAGGCCAAACCUACCUUGUCCAAGAACUCAACCCCACCCGGCAUUUCGCGCGGGUCACUCGAGUGCAUGUUGACUGGCACACUCAGCAACGCGACUACACGGACAUCGACCCGAUCGAAACGACGCUCAUCCGCCCGAUCCGCCCCUCCUUUCCUCACCGGGCCUUCUUCGGCACGAUCCGCAUCCACGCCGUCGUCUACGGGUUCUUCAAAGUAGACAAACGCGGCCGCAUCCUCGACGCGGUCCCAGUCGACAACAACCCACCCAUCGACAUCCUCACCAAAGGCGCCUGGCUCGACAUUCCCCAAAAUGCCCUUUCCAUCCUACAAUCGCACAAUCUCAACAUCGCGGCGGCCAUCCACGCCGCUUCCCACGCCAUCCUCUCCCUCCUCCCCACCACCAUCAUCUCAUCCCCAGGCGACGUCCGUACCGAAUGCAAAGUCGCCAAAAAGGAACUCGGCCGGACGCUCAAACAAGCCUCCUCCCACAAUCAAUCCCUGGACCCUCUCGAAUUGAAAAAGCUCCAACCCCCUGCCCGCCAACGCCCCGCCCGCUUAACCUUCUACGACGCCAAAGGCGGAGCCUGCGGCAGCGGCAUCGCCGCCAAAGCCUUCGAAUUCAUCGAUGUAUUGCUAGAGCGGGCCGUGAAACGGAUCGAGAGUUGCUCAUGUGUCGGCUCUAGGGGCUGUUUGGAAUGUGUGUGCGAUGAACGAUGUAAGGAGAUGAAUGAGGUGAUGAGCAAGGCUGGGGCGGGGGUGGUGUUGAGGUGUCUGCUGGGGUGGGAGGUUGAUGUCGACAGUUUGCCUUGGGGCGAGGAAGUGGAAGUUCAUGCGAUGGAUGGCGAGUUAAUGGGCGGGUUGGAGACUGUUGUUCCUGCUGUGGAGGUGCCGAUGUCUAGGUCUGGGGAUGGAGAUGUGGAUGGAGGUGGUUUUAGAGUCUAGUAUACUACAUUCUACGGAGUGCAGGAUGAGUAUGCCCGGAGGUCACGGCUAUAGAAUUAAGAGAAACGGAGUCGAGAGGAGGAGGAAGGGGAGGAGGAAGAGGAAUGAGGGAGGCAAAAG